AUGGCGAGGGAGAAGAUACAGAAGAUCAGCAGAAAAAGAGGAAGAGAAGAGGAGAAAGACAGACUGAGUGACUUGCCUGAUGCUGUUCUGCAAAACAUCAUGGAUUUCAUGAACACAAGAGACGUCGUUCGAACCUGUGUCUUGUCUAAACGAUGGAAGAACCUCUGGAAACAUGUCACCACUCUAUCUUUCUCUUCCUUGGGAAAGGUUCGCUUUUACAACAAGUUUGUACCUCAAUUUCUGGCAAAUCGAGAUGCUUCUACCUCCCUGAUCGAUCUCAACAUUGAGGUUUACGGUUUCAAUGCGCCAAAACUCCUCACGGGGAUAGCAAGAUAUGCUGCACAGCACAAUGCCCAGCACUUGAACAUCACCACACAGUACAAUUUCAGAGACAUCCCCACUUCUUUUCUUCCUUUGAUGUUUUCCUGUCACUCUUUGACAUCUCUUGUUCUUGGCACCUGUGUCGGUGAUCCUCCCACGAAACUUCCAAAAUCCCUGCUUUUACCAACCCUAAAAACCUUGCAUCUCUCUAAUGUUAGAUUUGACGCCAUUGAUCGUCACUGCGUUGAACCUUUUUCAGCCUGUAGCGUGUUGAAUACUUUGACCAUGGAAGGCUACUCCUUUUGCAAUGAUGCAGACACCUUCUGCAUAACUAAUUCUAGCCUUUCCAUUUUGAAGAUCAGUAAUUCGUUUGUGUACAACAUCUACCCGCGCAACUAUAAACACAAAAUUAUACUUUCUACUUCAAAUCUUGCUUCGAUCACAAUCGGGGAUAACAUCAUCUUCAGUGAUGACCAACUCACCUCUACGUGUGAUCUUCCUUUUCUUGAAGAAGUUAACGUUAAGAUUCUUUCUCUUCCCAUGAAUUAUUCAGUUGUAGCAGGGUGGUUGCAAGUGCUCUCCCAUGUAAAAAGAUUGACACUCUCCUUUCGGAGCCUUCAUGAACUACAAAAUCUUGAUACGAUGGAAAUUCAAUCUCCAUGCUUUGAUCGAUUGGAGUCGUUGAAGACAGUAAUAGUGACUCCUCCGCUUAGAGUAUUGGACGAAGAAGUGGACGAAGAAGUGAACAUAAUGGUACGACACUUGCUUCAGACUCGACAAGCACCACAAUUUCUGUCUGUCAUGAAUUCCAGAAAGUUGGAACUGCACUGCUGA